AUGGACCGCUUGUGUGCUGAGAUUGUCCAACUCAUCUUGAACGAACUCGAUGAUCCGACUGCUUUCAGUUUAAUCUCAAAACGCUACUAUAACUUCACGCAGGAUCCUUAUGUCCGUUCCUCCUAUUUUCUCAGUCGCUAUGGUCGCAUUCAGGCGCUUUAUUGGGCGCUGGGUAGAGGGAAGUUGUUGACCGAGAGGGUGAUCGAUGACCUUAUCCUUCUCUACUUUUGUCUUAAUAUAGAUCCUGCUAUCCAGUGGCGCUCACAUUUCCCGUUACCUCGCACAAUGCGCGAUCCAUCAUUACUUCCCAAGGGCGAGGAUGAUGGCUCUAUCUUCGCGGCUCUGUUAAAAUCAAGUAGAUUUCCCACAGAAGCGCGAGCGGCCAAGUGGGAAACAUUGAAGGAAGUCUUAGAGAAAUUCAAGUUCAUACCGUUCUCCCAAAAGGAUCCAAUGAUGGCUCAAUUUCCACUUGUGUUGGCAGUCGAGCCACGACUUCUGCCAUAUGCGCGCGCCAAUGGUUUCCGUAUGGAUUGCAAGUAUCGGAAUUUCGUCUUCCGGAAGAUGUUUGAGAAGCCUGCUAUCCAGUUUGAUGGACGUGUAGACGAGAUUGUCGAGAACGUUCGCGAGCUGUCGCGCCUAGAUCCUCAUAUGUUCCUCAGCAGAACGGUUGCCGCAGAGAUUUGUAUGGAGGCGAAGACAAAUGAACCGGCAUACACAGCGCUCAAGCGAUUGGAUAAGGAUGACGUCUUGAAGUUUGAUUUAUCGAGCGUUAUUGAGGAUCUCACUAAGCUCUUCAUCAACACGCGGUCCAUUUCCAGCCUUUACACGUACAGCAUCCUUCGUGAACUUCAUGCCGAUUUUCCAUCUCAAGACCCCACUGUUCGACUCGUCCUGCUCUGUACAGUCUUUUUCUCUGAUGGCCUACCCUUCCCGACGUCACUGCAUGGUAGUGCCACGUCCUCAAAUUCAUAUGUGAAUCUAUGUAGAGAAAAAGUUGACGCUAUGGGUCUUAGCCCAGUGACACGAGGGGAUCUUUUCGACAUGCUAGUGAACAAAUUUGUUCCAGAUCGUUUUGGGGGUAUCAUUGAGUAUGGAAGAGUGGUCUUAGGUAUGAGCAAGGCAGAAGUGGACAUCCUCCUGCAGGAGGUCGCUGUUGCUUGUUUGGAAAUAGGGUGCAAAGGGAAGAUGUUGAAGAAGCUGGUCGAGACAGACGAAUCGCUCUCCGAUGUCAUCGCUGCAUAUGUGCUUCGGAAUCUACGCUUGACUAUGGAAGACCUGCCACCCUCGGAGGACGAGAAGGCUUGUCGAGGGUUUGAGGCCCGACUUUGCAGGGACUUUAUAGCUACUCGACGGUUUUUCCAUCCGCUCGCUCUUACUGGAGAAGAGAGGGGGCUGGUGGUGCUCGAGGCAGAGCCAGUGGUAGCGGCGCCACAGGGACCAGAAGAUUCUGCGGAGAACGAAGGUGACGAAAGUGAUGAUGAGGAGAUCAUAGAUACUGGAGAACACGUUGGACGGGAUGACCAUGAGGAUCUCGGUCCUAUCGGCCAGGAUACGUUGAGUACGAUGAUUAGGAAAGACGAGCUGGCGCCUUCUCGUCGCCGCAGGUUCUAUGACAUGUACACGUCCUAUAAUGAUAGCAUAGGGAAGCUCACUUAUCCAGCAGACUACCAACAGGUGGGACGGUGGGUACGAACGCAUUAUGGCCGACGUAGUGCAAUCACUGCGGUAUUUAUGCUGCACGCUGUUUUGAACGAGAAUGCGAUAGUUCUCCAACCCUACUUAUACAAUGAGCCAUACGAUACAGCGGCUCGAGUGCCAAUCACGCUAAAACAUUUUAAGAUGUUAGCACGUUUAGGCCGGCCACCUAAUAUGGUUCUUUACGACGACAUUGAAGCCGGGACCGAGUUUUAUUUUAGUGAGGAGGAUUAUCUGACACCUGAAGAGCUUGCCGGAAUCACACCGAGUACCAGCAAGACACGUACUCGUAGAGUUAAGGUCAAGAGUGAGUGUAGUGCGAGGCAGGACAUGUCCUCCGAGACAUCCGCCGUCAUUGCUGAAGCUCUCGGUGAGAAGCCUCGAGGCAGCUUGCGUAAUAGGAAAAGGCCUCGUCGGAGCGCGGCGGCGACUGUUAGAUCGUACGUUGUACCUGAUAGCGAUGACGAAGAGAUCGCGGAGGACAAGCCAGAUGAACAAGUGAAGAGGAGGAGAUCGGAGACAAAUCUUCAGCGAUGGAUCAAACAUUUGACUAUUUUAUUGAAAGAGGAACAGCGGAAGUACAAGGAGAAAAAAAAGCGUGAACAGGCUGCGGCAGAACCAGGCACAAGGGUCCGUGUUCUCAAGAGCGAAUUCCUGAAAUCCUUAACCACAAAUCUGGCACGAUUGCGCAAAGCCGAUCAAGAGAAGCGCAAACAACUUUAUGGGGCUGAUGUACCUAGCGACGACUAUAGUGAGGGCGAGGAGGACGAAUAUCAGUACCGGACUACUCGAUCCAAGCGACGCAAAGUCGAAGACUGA